UAUGUGUCUCUGGGCUUCGAAAGGCAGCUCAUUUGGGCAGAGCAGUCAGGAGUCCCUCAGCAGAAAGUGAAGACGUAAGAAGCACGAGUCAGGAUCAUAGAAUAUAUCACCAGGAUGAAGAAGAAGUUGAUCAUGGAUGUGGACACGGGGGUGGAUGAUGCUCAGGCCAUCAUGAUGGCCCUCGCAGCACCUGGUGUAGAGAUCCUGGGCAUCACGUGCUGCCACGGCAACACGCCCCUGGAGAACGUCCUCAAGAACACACUGCGCGUCCUGAAGGUCUGCAACAGGCUGGAUGUGCCGGUGUACCGAGGCUGUGCAGAGCCCCUUGUGGCUCACAAACGCCACGCUGGAGAUUUCCACGGGAAGGACGGACUGGGCGACGCCCCGGAUCCAGACGCUCCAGGUUUGGAUGCGGUGCAGGAGGAGAAAGCUGCGGUGGCUUUAAUCAGGAUGGUCAAUGAAAACCCAGGAGAGGUGACUCUUGUAGCCACAGCGCCCCUCACUAACCUGGCCAUGGCGGUGAAUCUGGACCCCUCCUUCCCCGAGAAGCUGAAGGCCCUCUACAUCAUGGGAGGAAACACUGAGUCAAGGGGUAACACCACAGUGUGUGGAGAGUUUAACUUUGUGGCUGACUCUGAAGCUGCCUACGUCGUGUUGGACCGCUACACCUGCCCCACCUACAUCGCCACCUGGGAGUUCAGCUGCAGGAGCAGUCUGCCAUGGUCCUUCGUUGACACUUGGCUGGCCCAAGACACAGACAAGGCUCGCUUCAUGGAGAGGAUUUCCUCCUUAACCAGGAAGAUGGUCCAGACGGAGCGGUAUCAAAAGGAGCUGGUGUCAGGAACUGAAUUUAACUCCUGUGACACCUACGCAGUGGCUGCAGCCAUCGACGAGACCCUGCUGACAGAAAGCGAACGGGUGGCAGUGACGGUGGAGCUGCAGGGGACCAACACCCGAGGCAUGAUGGUGCUGGACCACAUGGAGCUGCUGAAGAAGAAACACAAGGCGAUCAUCAUGAAGACCGUCGACUUGGAGAAGUUCAAGCAAUUGUUGAUGAAUGCGUUGAAGUAGCAUGGAUUUGUCCGUGUGACAGUAUGUGCUUCAGUGUUUACGAGCGGUGGUAUGGACGGUGGGAGGAAGUGGACACACGUCAACCAUCUUUUUAUAAAGUCAAUAAAGUCAAUGGUCGAACCUAAA